AUGAGGCAUUUUGGUUAUUCAGAAAAAAAUAUUCAUUGGUUACACAAAAUUGCCAUGUCUACAAAAAUCUUAGUUUUGGUGAAUGGAGGACCUUGUGGAUUCUUUAAAGUGGGUAGGGGUCUUAGACAAGGAGACACCUUAUAUCCAAUACUCUUUGUAAUAGCUGAGGAGGUGCUGAGUAGAAAUAUAACUAAAAUGGUUCAGGAGGUUACUAUUAGAUCAAUGGUGAAUAGGAAUGGUUGUAAACCAUCUCACUUACUCUUUGCAGAUGACAUUUUUGUUUUCUGUAAUGGACACAAGAAGUCAUUGGAACAGUUAAUGCGAUUUUUAUUGAAGUACCAACAAGCAUCAUGGAAAAUGGUGAAUAAAAGCAAGAGCAAAUGUUUUGUUGGGGGUGUCAUUGAAAGUAGGAGAAGGGAAAUUGCUGGGUUUCUACAAAUUGAAUUAUCUGAUUUCCCAGAUAAAUAUUUGGGAGUAAUUUUUAAACCAGGAAAAGUAAAGAAUAACAAAGUUUGGGGUAUUGUAGAAAUGUUACAAAAACUACUAGCUCGUUGGAUGGGGAAAAUCCUAGCUUUCUCUGAAAGACUUACACUGGUGAAAAGUGUAUUAUGUAGUAUCCCAAUCUAUAAUAUGUCUGUAUACAGAUGGCCUAGUGAAGUUAUCAAGGAGUGUGAAAGGACAUGGGUGAUAAAUGAUUUUGAAGAAGCAACUAGAUGGAUUGUGGAUGAUGGUCAAACAAUAUCUGUGUGGAAAGAUAAAUGGGUGAAGACACAAGCAUUAUGUGAUAUACAUCCACAAGAUGAAUUUAUCCUACAACAUAAGGAUAUGAAAAUGAGUGAACUAAUUACAAAUUGUGAAUGGAAAAUACCAGUGGAGAUGAACGCUUAUUUCAAUGAAAAUGAAUUACCAUGUAUUGAGAAUGGAGCUGAUAGAAGAAUUUGGGAAACAAGUUUAACAUGGGAAUUCUCUGUUGCAAAUGCAGUACAAGAUAUAAGAAAAAAGUCCCCUAAAUAG